CUCCAGCUCAAUGAUCCAAUUGUGAAAUCAAUUAAGCUCAAUCCACGCUCUGAUUCAAGUCACAAGGCCAAUCAUCGACAAUUAUUCAGUUUGGCAACUCAGAUUCACUCACGUAUGGAAAUCAACGGCAAUCGUCUACAAUCAAUUCCAAUCCACUCAGGAAAUCGAAGGAUGUCGGAUCUGCAUGAGAAUCUAGAGGCGAUACUUCAAGAGGACAUGUCUCGUGACUUACCCGAGACGACAAUCAUCGCCGAUGGCUUUCUCCAACCGUCAUCCUCACCUGAACGCACCCACACAACUCAAGCUGAUGAUAUGGAUCAAGGAUACAUCAGUGACUCCAGUGACAUUUCAUUCAUUAGCUCACAAUCAUCUCAGGACUUACCCAGAAAGAGCAUGUCCUGGUAUCUUGCUCGCAUAUUCGAGUUCGAGCUCAAGGUCAUGAGUCAGAUCACUGGACUCAAAACGCUGCAAGGUCAUGAGAAUCUUUCAGCCACAUUCACGGAAUCUGAUGGAUUUGACUUCAUCCAUUCACGCCUUGCUCUCCUGGAGGACGAAUGGCAUCGGUUCACCUCCACUAAUGAUAGUUUCACUCAAUUUUGCACUGUGGACGUCCUGACAAGCUCAUACGUCCAAGAUAACAUUUAUGAUCAAGCCUACACAGCAUAUAUUGAUGCAAAACUCAACCUAACCACGCUUAUCAACAAAAUCAAUAUUUCAUCAGAUACUUUCAAGAUCAACACGCAGCUCAACUCGCAACAUUCAGUAAUCAAUCUUCCAUCACUUAAUAUCAAGCCAUUUUCUGGAGACUAUGGACUAUGGCCCGAGUUCAAGAAGACAUUCAUGUCUUUAGUAAUCAACAACGUUGGAUUAGCACCAGUGCAAAGGCUCCAUUAUCUGCAGACCAGCCUGACUGGUUCAGCUGCGUCAAUCAUAGCACAUUUUCCAAUGUGA